UUGCCACAAAUUACAACCCUGCUUCGUCAUAGCUCAAAUGUCCACCAUUUUAAUUUAAACCCGAUUUGCGCCAACCUUAGGAAUAUUCAUUUCUCCUUGAUUGAGUUUUUUCUGUAUAUUUAUUGAUAUAACAUAUACUUUAAUAUGAUUGCAAGUAUAGAGGUGCUCAUGAAAUAACAAGUUAUUAAUUUACUACACCAAACGGAUUAUAUUUAAAGUUUUUCCGGAAUAAUCUGUGAAGGAAUUUUAUUACUGUCUGGUUUGGACUGGGUGAUACUAGUUUAAAAAGGCAUUUAUUUUUGUUCCCAGAACGAAAUGGAUAAGAAUGCCGGCGCCAACACAAACGAUUUAACAGAUUCGUUAGGUCUAUUGAAUUUGGAUAGUUUAAAAGCUUUUGGAGAAACUGCCAAUUCAUCCUCAUUGGGCAGCAAACCAAUCAAUGAACGUUUAAACAACGAACGACUUAGAGCGUUGGAGACGUUGGAGAAAGCAAACAAGUCAGUGAAGUCCGAUGUAAGCAAAAUAAUUCAACAAGGGCUUAAAAAGGAUUUACGAAUUCCUGAUGCAGGAUUGACAUCAUCUAUGAAAUUAAAUUACACCGAAUAUGUACCCUACCAUCGCCCCGAUUCAAUUAACAUAUCCGACUUAGUUACCGAGGAAAGUAUAAAUUUGGAUCUUAAAAGUUUAUCGAUGACUAAUAACUCAAAAGUAUCAUUUGAACCAUCUGAAAUAACUGGGCGCUCUACACACUAUAAGGAUAGGAAAUCACAACAUAAUCCAAAAAUUAGUAUUGAGUCCACAUCAAGUCGCCUGUCUGUGGGUGACAUCCUUGCCACUUCCUUUGCUCCCAAAGCGAGAAAUCUUAGUGAGGUGUUAGAAGAUCGCUCUACUGAAUCCGGUACAACUUUAAGCACAAAUAAUCCUCAAAGCUUAUUUCGAACGGCUGACAUGUCUCUUAAUUCAUCUCAGGCCACUUUUGGUAAAGCAGUAGGCGGUCAAUUUUCGUUUAGUUCGACAAAUGUAUCUGGAAUUAAUUCCGAAGAAUUUGAACCUGCUGAAAAUAUGCAAUCUAAACUAUUAGUCGACGAAUUAGCUUGGGCACAAGAGUUUGCAGCAAUACCAAGAGCCGUUCCAAAUAAAAGGAGUAAUGAAAAAAUUUCCGAUACAAAGGAUUUUGAUUUACAGUCUAAUCCAAACAGCUCAUUUUUUUUGCGUGAUCCCAAUUUCUCGGUGGGCAAUUUCUUCAAUCAACGUUCAGAAAAUUUACGAAAUAUUGUCGGAACACUCAGUCCCGAGCGUGUACGGUCACCAAUAGCGUUAGUUGAUGACACACAAAGUACACUCAGUUUAUGUCUGCCCAUAGAUAAAACCAAUUUGAAUGAAUCUGCAAAAAAUGGAGAUCUCACUCCACAAAUAGACAACAAAACCUAUAGCAAAGCUCCGAUCAGAGCUUGUAAAACCCUAGAAGACUAUAAAAAGAACGUUCGAGAAAAGCAUGGGAAUGCAGAUCCAGGAAUCGGCACAAAGGAAAAUGAUGAAUCCUACUUACUAUCUUUAUCACACAUUAAGAAAGCAUUUACUAAAAACCUGGACAUCUCUUCAACUGAUUUAAUCGAUUUGUUGAAAAAACCAAAACCUAACAAAUCACCAAUACGUCAUGAACGAGUCGUUGUGGAGGAAUUAAGUCCCGAAAAACCCGUUGUACCAGUACAUAAAGAACAGUAUGCUAAUGCGAGUGUGAGACAAUCUAUUGAACAAUACAGAAGUAGUCUAAAAACCAUAGAAAAAUUAUUGUCAGAAAAUAAGGAAAAUUUAGAUCCGCAAAGAAUGCGUGGAAUGGAAUCUCAAGCUGACACUAUAAGUUUUACUGAAUCGCUGCUGGAUAAUAGCGAUCUUAAAGAAUUGCAACAAAGUACAGCCAACCCACGCUCUCCUUUAAGCCCAUUAAAACUACCCACUGUACGAAUUUCAUCCGAUCACAUUGUAAACGAAGCAGAUGAAGCGAAAUCCACAAAUCUCAAAACACCGGAGAGAUUAGACUAUAAAAUAAAUCCUAGAGCAAAUGAAUCCAGUACGAGAAGAGCGUCACACUCAUCACAGCAAACCCAAAAUAUUAAUAACAAAACAACCACAAUCAAAAGAAAUUCUAGUUCCCCCUCCGGGCCAAGUCCAACAGAGCAAACAAGAGAUAAACCGCUUUGUUCCACAAGACUGGAUGAACAGAAAAGUGACUAUGGUUUUAUUGCUGUCUCGCCUAAUCUUUCGAAAUCGCUGAUACCGUCGAAAUGUAAUACCGUUGAACGCACAAUAAUAGCGAAUGGCAGUACCUAUAGUGAUCUGUUGGCUAUUCCACAAUCGCCAACACAGACUUACCUAUCUUCACAGCCAUCACCUUCAACUCUCGGCGUUGAAAAUGAUGGAAAUUCACCUCGAAUUUGUAAAAAUUGCUCACCGCAACCGCGUGCUAUGCCGCGAACCAACGUUGGUGGAUCGAAAAUACAACGUACCGUAUCCUCACCGGGGACAAGUGAAACCAAUGCGAAAGUACCUAUGCGCACCGCAAGCGCAUGUUCGCUACGAAGUGGCGGCGGCGGCGGUGUAGCGCGCAGUGUCUCUCGCUGCUCCAGCAACAGCGAAUUCAGUCACCGUGAUGGAAAUGGCAUACCAUUAAAGGUAACAGCCGUAGACUUGUCUUGGGGCAGUACGCGCCUGAGAAAUGCUGCUCAUAAGACAAUGCAAGUAAAGAAUACAGCUAGUAAGAAACUUACCUUACGUAUCGAUGUACAUGGACCUGGUUAUCAGUUAGUCAAUGUGCCUAGCAAUAACACGUUAACACUGCAGUCUCAAGAAUGUCGCUCAAUUACCGUCAGUUUCUGUCCGACCGUCAUAGGUGCCGCUGUAGGCAAACUUUCAUUUUACGCGCCACAAAAUGCCAGUGUUGCUUAUAAUAGUGCCGCUACAGCUAGUAUGUCUUCGUUUCUUGAUAUCUCAUUGUACGGAUAUGGCGGUCAUUGUAGUAUUGUGGCGCAGGAAGUGAACAUAGCACCGAUAGGCAUGGCAUUUAUACAAAUGGGUUAUUUGCAUGAGCUAUCACAGCCAAUACAGCGCACUAUACGGGUCUACAAUAAAGGACCACUACUUGGGUUUGCAAUCGCGUCCAUCGAUUCGGUUGGUUUGCGAUUACCACGUCUGUGCACCGCUUUUGAGAUCCAACCUACCGCCAUGCUCAUACCGCCGGGCUCGUCGUCUACUUUGAGCAUUGUAUUUCGUCCACAGCGUGAAGAUGUUCGAAAAAUAACACGCCAAACUAAAUCUGUACUGACAUUAGCAAACUUGCGUUUAAUAUCCGGUGAUGAAGCGAACAGACAACGCAUGCGUCAAUUGGUAGAACGCAUGACACCUACAGAGCGUGCCAGUGUCAGUACGUCCAAAUCCUUAAUGGCUUUAUGGGAGAAAAUGCCGGGCGAGAAGAAUAUUGAAGAGCUACGUUUGUUCAAGGAAUCGCCCGCCUUAACAUACGAUUUACUGACGCACAUGCGCAUACAUGAAGUGGCACUUACUAUUAACGACGACUACUUAGAUGAGACAAUAAAGUCUACUUCUUCGUUUUGCUUUCCCGACGAGGACGAAACUGUAUUGUUUCGUACCGUAUGCAGUCCAUCGCACAGCCACAAUGCUGACGGCUCAGGACAGGCCUUAGACCGUGUCGAUGAACUCACCGAGGAGGAGGUUGAGCAAGCGGCCAAUAGAAAUCACUCACCAACACGUGGCGGCGAAGCCUGUUGCUGGUCUGUUUUGCCGAGUUCAUUGAAUUUUCGUCUACGCGGGGAAAAGCAAACGCUAAGCUGUUCGAUCUACAUUUGCAACUCAUUCAAGUCGCGUCAAUAUUUUGAGGUUAACUCGAAUCGUAAGAACUUGUUGCAGAUAACACCCUCGGAGGGUUACGUGGAGCCCGAUGGUGGUCAUUUGGAGGUGGAGGUGAAAUUGCGGGUAGAAAAAUUAACCUUGGACAAUAGGCAGGAGCCAAUAUAUGUUACAGUCUCUAUGGAAAAUGAACACAUAAAACUGCCAGUUCAUAUACGCGAUGAAGCGGCGCUGCCAAACACAAAAACAUAAUGCAAAGUCGAUAUACUAAAUUUUUAAAUUUGGACCUUUUUUCAAGGCUGACUUUAUAUUAUGUGCUUAAUGUUAUUGUUUUUUUUUUUUUGUUUUACCUACCUCUACGCUACUUUUUUAUAUUUGUACCCUAUUAUUCGAUGCAUGUCUGCGCGGCCCUUACCGCUACUGCUAUUUAUUAAUUAUUUGUACGUAAUUUUUUCACUUUGUUCAAAAAUAUUUAUUUUAUUUUAUUUUAUUUCUCUUUUUAUAAAAAGCACAAAGAAAGAUAUAAAGCAUCAACUGUGCUGUCUUAAUAUGUAUGUAUGUAUGUGAGCAUGUAUAUCUAAAACGUUCAAAUUGAAAUAAAUGUUUAUUAAACUCAUUUGGAUUAUUCUUUGAAAAUUAUUAUUAAACUUUGUAUAUAUCAUAAAAAAAUAUAUUCAGUAUAUAGUAUAGGCGCUCUUAAAGCAUAAUUCCUAGAAUUUCUUAGGCUGAAAACUAGAAGUUUACAUUGAUUUUUAUACUCUGCAAACAGCAACUCAAAAACUCGAAAAUUAUUUAUAUUCAUCGCAUCAAUUUAUAACCUCAAAAAUUAUGAAAGCUAGAAGGAAUUCACAAAAAAGUUGUAAAAUGCUUCAAUAACAAUAGAGUAGCAAUUAUAAUAGAAAAUGUGUAAAUAUAAUUCCAUUUGUUGACUACUUUC